AUGAGAUCUACUUCUGAUGUCUCCAGCUUUCUGAACCGGGCCGCAUGGAUCUGCCAUGGCGACACGCGGCCGGACGGCUCCAUCGCCAAGCCAUGGAGCCUCUGCACCGUCCAACAAUUAGAGGACUUCAAGUCCCUUCUCCGUGUCUUCCCUCUCUGGAGCGCCUCCAUCUUCCUCAGCGUCUCCAUCGGCAUCCAGCUCAUCCUCACCGUGCUCCAGGCCCUCACCAUGGACCGCUCCCUCGGCCCCCGCUUCUCCAUCCCCGCCGGCUCCAUAGUCGUCUCCUCCUUCGUUUCCACCGUCGUCUCCCUCUUACUCCUCGACCGCCUCAUCCUCCCGCUCUGGCAAAAGCUCAGCCCGCGCCCCCCGAGGCCUCUGCUGCGCAUCGGCCUUGGCCACAUCAUCAACACCGCCGGCAUCGCGGCGUCCGCCUUGGUGGAGAGAAAGCGUGCGAGCAUCGUUCGGUCACACCAAGCGGAGAGCCAGCAUGGCGACUGGGUCGUGCCCAUGACCGCGCUGUGGCUGGUGCUGCCGUUGGCGGUGACCGGAGUGGCGGACGCGCUGCACUUGCCGGGCCAGGUGGCGCUAUACUUCCAGGCGUUCCCGAGGUCGCUGAGGAGCACUGCGACAGGGAUGAUGGCGCUGAUCAUCGCUCUCGGAUUCUACCUGAGCGCCGCCAUGGUGGACAUGGCUCGGAGGGUCACCGGGUGGCUGCAGGACGACAUUAACGGCUCGAAGGUGGAGAACGUGUACCGGCUCGUGGCGGGGUUGACUCUGGUCAACUUCGGGUACUACGUGUUAUGCGCAAAGCUUUACGAGUAG